CCGCUCUAGCAGCAAGUCCAAACUUCUGGGCUUCUCCGCACCAGCUGCCGCUCUCCUCGUUUCCGGGUAACAUGGCGCUGCCGUGGUGGUUUGUGGCUGAGCUGCUCUUGUACACUGUUACUUUCAUCUGCGGGAUAAUUACGGCUUCCUCUGUCACCAUAACACAGGGGCAUUUUAAUGGUCGAUGUAUGCUGUAUGGUAGUGUGAAGUUCAAUAGUACCAGCAAGGAAUUCACCGUUGAGAGCUCUCAAAAUGUGUCCUUGUGCUACUUUGUCUCUGCCAUCUCCAUCUUCAUUGCCAUCUACUGCUUCUCCAUAGUACUGUUCUGGAUUUAUAGCAGCUGCAUAGAUGAAGUCAAACGAGGAAAGAGAUGGUUGAUGAUAUCUCUGGUGAUUGGAGCUGCAGCCCUAUUCUUUCUCCUCAUCUCAGGGUGUGUCCUAAAUGUAGGACUCAAAACAUUAUGUGACAGUGUGUUAUUGAAAGAUAGCGACUUAAAGAGCUGUCAAGAGGCAGAAGCCAUGAAAUGGAGUAAUCCUUAUCAAGGAUCACAGUUCUAUACAAGUCUUCAUAAUGCAGAGGUGGCAGCAUGGGUGAACUUCUUCCUCUGGGUGACUAUAAUGGUUCUUCUGGUAAUUCAGAAAAAGAAAGGCUCUGAAUUUACACCUUUGUCUGCUUCUGACCCAGAAUGGAGUACAUCUGAAACAGACCCCAUUUUUCACCGUUCUACACGGUCUCAGUGAGACAAAAUAGAGGCCAACUUACUUUUAAAGUUUACUUAAUUGAGUCAAAGGUGGCCUUUGGCUCAAAGAAGGAUUGCAUUACACAGACUGAUUAACUGGUUCUGUCAUUUUUUUCUAAGAUGCUUCACUCUAUUGCCACAUUUCUGUCUUUUGUUUCUUUUGCCUAAAAAUGCUUUUGCUUAUCUUCAGCUGUUUUGGAGCAGAUAAAAUGAUUACAGUUUGGUAAGUGAGUUCUUUCCUUCUGUGUUUUCUCCGUUGGCUGUUAAACAGCUGUAAUUUUUUUUUCUUUCUCCAAACAAGAUUCCAGAAAAAUGAAACAGAUAUCAAGUUGCCAAUUUGCCCCAUAGAAUGGGUGGAGUAAGAAUACAAAUAUACAUUUGCCAACUUGAUUUACAGAAUAGUUGGAGGUAGAAUGCAGCCACACAUCUGACCUAGAAAUUACUUUUUUUUCUGUAUGCAAAUAACAUUUUUGAAUAACUAUAGUGCCUUAAAAACCAGAACUGCCAAGAAACUGUGCCUUUAAAAUACGUCAUGUACCGUUUGGGCUGCCUCAGUCAGUGCAAUGAUAAAAAAAAAUUAGAUUUUGUGGAUAUUAAAAACAUUUUAGUUAAAUGGUAGCUUCAGCUUGUUGCAUCAUCUCUUAAGAUUUAGAGCUGCGUGUUUAAAUAAACUUGGCCUGCACCAUUGAACUUCUUCUGCAGCAAAGCCAACACCCGGCACUUACUAAUGAAGAUGAGUUUUGUCUCAUAACAAGCAGUACUCAUUGAAUUGUGGCUACUUACUUGGUAGGCAUUUGUUGCUACUUGUUAAUAAGAGUUGCCUUAAAAAAUAAACAGUCUCUGUUUAAACAUAGUGAGUAUGUUUUGUGCAUUGGUCACAAGAACACAAACAUGAAGUGUGUAGUUUUUCUGUUUGCAUGAUUAUAAAUUGGAAGGGUUUUGAAAGAUUUUUUUUAUUAUGUGUAUUCAGUAUGAUUUUGACACAAAGUAUCAACAAUAGCAACUUCAGUUAAUUAUCUGAUGUUACACAUCCUGCAGUUCCAUUGCCUGUAAACUGUCUGUAACAUAUGCUGACAAACAGCAUGGAAGUAUCUGUAGCCCAUUUUUUAAAACAUUUUAGCUUUGCUGUAAUCACUGGGUGCUUUUAAAUAUUAGCCACAGAUCUUUAUGUCUCUUUGACACUGUGUGCCGAUGUUUUAUGGGUGGAUGACUUAGUGAGCUGAGCUGCCUUUUUGGUUUAUAAAGUCCUUCAUGCUAGAAGGAUCAUGAACCUCACGUGUGAAAAGGAUCACCUCUCGUCUUCACAGAGUCAAGUAUUUGACAUUCACAUUGAGUAUCAUCAAUUCCCCAAAACUAUGCCUUUUUUGUUUGUUAGUGCAAUAUUACUAUUAUGUAUUUUUAUUUUCUGGUAUAGAGCAACAUGCAGGCAAAAUUUAAAGCCUUUUGCAAAAGCUUUAUUAAAAUCCUUAGCGUUAA